UUAGUUAAAACUUCUUCAAUUGAUCCUAAUUAUUAUUGCAGAGACCUCAUCCACUAAAAUAAUACCCAAAUUUUCUUGAGGUCAGCAGAUAAUUUGUAUUUAAAAAGGAAAUAAUCUAUAUAAUCUCCUCCCCUUCAAUCUGCCUCUAAUCUAUAGCUGCUCUCUCUCAGAAGAAAGGGUUCUUUUCUUUGGUUUGAUCCUACAAAAUGGCUAUUUCGUCGUAUCCAACUCCGGCUGAUGCUGGAGUCCUGUGCGUGAUUCUGGCAAACACGGUGAUAUCCAUAUCGAUCUUGAAGGAGCUCGUUCGCUCCAUACUGCACAUUGUUGGCAUUAGGAUUGCUUCGUGGGAGGAGCUCUCUGCAGACACAUCGGACUCUGGUGAAUGUCGUAAAGGUCUCUCAGAAUCAUACAUGGAGGAGUUCAGAAGCCAGAUGCCUGCAAUGAGGUUCGACUCGCUCUCUAUGCACGACAACCCGGGGCAGGAGUGCUCCAUCUGCCUGUCUGAGUUCGAACCAAAUGCAGAGGUUAACCACCUCACCUGCAGCCAUGUUUUCCACAACGUGUGCUUGGAGAAGUGGCUGAACUACUGGAACACCACGUGCCCCCUCUGUCGUAAUUCCAUGAUGCCUCAAGAAGCCGAGGAGGAAGAAGAUACUUGUCCCAUGUGAGGAAAUCUAAGGGUGUACAGCUUAGUGUAAACAGGUUUAUGUAUCUUUAGCUGCCACGGUUUGCGUCCUCUUGAAGUGACGGGUCAGCAUAGCUAGCUAGUAUUCGCGUUGUAUAUAUCGUAAACGGGUGUUGUUUGAAGUCAUCACUUCUUGUUCUAGCAGCAUCAUCAAGCUGCAAGUUUUUUGUUUUCAAUGGUGUUAAGUUAACUAUGCCUUUUGUACUGAA